GCAAUUUUGAUGGCCAACGCUUCAUAAUGGGUAAAAUAAUAACUGUUUUUCAGAAUUAUCUGCUUCAGAGAAAACUGCGUACUUUAUUCGGUUUUGGAUGUAUUUUAAUCGUCUGCACAACGGCAGUGAUUGUAUCCUUGAAGCUGAAACGUAACCUAUACAGUGACAUUAAUGGAUAUGAUGGAAACACUUACUGCGAGGGAAAAUAUUACAAGACGUUGAACUUAUUAGCUGGUGGUCAUAAGAACUGCACAAAAAUUAUCAGAGGUGACGAGGAUGAGGUAAGGAAAACUUUAAUAGACAACUUGAUUGUAAAAAAUAGAAGAACACUUAUGACAGAAGCAGACUACAUAACAUUGACAAAAGACUGUGACGUAUUUAAGACAAACAGAAAAUAUAUUCUGUUCAGUAUCAGUAAAGAAGAAGAAGAAUUCCCCAUUGCUUACUCUAUGGUGAUCCAUGAUAGCAUUGAACUGUUUGAAAGACUUCUAAGGACAAUUUACACUCCUCAGAACGUUUACUGUGUGCACGUGGAUGAAAAAUCUUCCGAUAUGUUUAAGAAAGCAGUGAGAGCUAUCACUUCAUGCUUUGAAAAUGUGUUUAUUGCAUCUAAACUGGAGACAGUGGUCUAUGCAUCCUGGUCAAGAGUCCAAGCCGAUUUAAACUGCAUGGAAGACCUGCUGCAAAGUAAUGUACGGUGGAAGUAUGUUAUAAACACAUGUGGGGCAGACUUCCCAUUAAAGACCAAUGCUGAGAUUGUUAAAGCUUUGAAAUCACUGAAUGGCAAAAAUAGCAUGGAAUCUGAGAAGCCUCCAGCAUUCAAAACUAGACGCUGGAAUUAUCACCAUGAAGUCAAUGAUGGCGUAAGAUUGACUAGUCGCAAGAAAGAAAAUCCACCAUUAAGCGUUCCCAUAUUUAGCGGAAACGCAUAUAUAGUAGUCAGUAGAGAGUUUGUGAAAUCACUCUUUGAGAACCCCAUAGUAAAACCAUUUAUGAAAUGGGCAGAGGAUACAUAUAGCCCUGAUGAAUAUUUCUGGGCGACGUUGCAAAGACUUCCUGGAAUGCCAGGAUUCAUGCCACAACAUCAGAAAUUUGAUACCUCAGACUUCAAUGCAAUUGCCAGGCUGGUAAAGUGGGAAUCUCUUGAAGGAGAUGUGUCACAAGGAGCUCCUUACACUACAUGCACAGGAAUCCAUAGAAGACUAGUGUGUGUUUAUGGAACAGGGGACCUCCAUUGGAUGCUUCAACAGCACCAUCUUCUGGCUAAUAAGUUUGAUCCCAAAGUCGAUGAUCAUGCCAUUCAAUGCCUCGAGGAAUAUCUCAGACACAAAUCAUUUUGUCCUGAUUAUAUGUAGGACACUCUGUACUCUUGCAAUUGCAAUGUAUUGUCUAAAUAUGCAGAAAAUUGGGAUAUUUAGGCUACUCAUUUUUGUGAAAUGUAUUUUCAUUGUUAAAUGAAAGCUCGUAUGCUGUAACACCUGCACUGACAUGCUUUAAAUUCCAUAUGGCUGUUACACAAGAAAAGAUGUUCACUUUCAAGUAAUAAUGAAUUAUUGUUAUGCAUAAUGAUCGUGACUGAUGCCCACGGAGUCUGAAUGGAAUGGAGGGGCCUCGACAGGGAUGCAGAGCAGGGCUAGGUCAGGGGGUCAAAGAAAGUUCAGCAGGGAGGGGGAGGAAGUGAGGCGGGUAUAUAAGGUUGG